CGUUACGACAGGAGGAGUCGACUUACGGCACUGUUGCGUCACGCAUUGCUCAGCAGAAGAGACCCUGCCUGCAAUUUAUAGCUGCAGAUGUGUAGCCCGGGAUUAACCAACAAAACACGGACUGAUGGAAAACAGAACGUCAUGAAAGAGAUUGACAGUGUGGGGGGUGAGAAAAAUGAAAAUUGUCAAGAAAAUGAAGAGGAGGCUCCAAUGAGGCGUAGUUUCUCGGUGGAAGACCUCCUUGAUGAAGUGGAGAAGAUCUGUUACAAUGCCUCAGAGACAUCAAAGGUGGAGAUGGUGGUGAGGCUAUGGAAGGAUGGCUUCACUGUAAACGAUGAGGAGUUUCGCAGCUACUCCAUACCAGAGAAUCAGGACUUCCUUGAUGCCAUCAAAAGGGGGGAGCUUCCGGCAGAAUGGGAGAGCAGAGCUGAAGAGGAGGAGCUGGAGAUCAGUGUGGAGGAUCUGACGGAGGAAAAUUAUGUUCCAAAGAAAAAGGCCUUUCACCCCUUCAGUGGCCGAGGAUACCGCCUUGGCAGCGUUGCACCCAGAGUAGUGGCCAGGUCACCAUCUGUGCACGAGGAUGGAGAAUCUCCUCCUAUUCCCAUGGUAACACUAGACCACGCCCUUCCUGUUACCUCCCUGCAGAUCUGGUUGGCUGACGGCAGAAGAUUGGUGCAGAGGUUUAAUCUAUCGCAUCGGAUCGCUGAUGUUCAAGAUUUCGUGGCACGCUCCCAGAGGAGCUGCCCACCUUUCGUCCUGACGACAUCGCUACCUUUCCGGGAGCUCAACGACAAAGAAUUAAGUCUAGAAGAAGCGGAUUUGGCCAACGCUGUCAUUGUCCAGAGACCCCUGAACACACAGGCUCCGUUUGGACACUCAUGACUAAAAGGGCCCCUGAAAUUCACGCAGCACGCCACCUAGUCCCUCACCACCUCUCCAUGACCCUGAUUGCAGUCUCAAGGCCUCCUGUAACUUCUAAAUCUUUCUUUAUUUGGCAGUUUGUGCUGCAUCUGAUGAUUGUUAUUUCCCUCUAUAGUAUAUUUAUAUCUAUGUGGGAUUAUCUACAGUCUAAUGGAGAUAUUGUCAGUUAGACAUCUCCCCCACAACAGGUGCUGCUGAUUUGCUGUUGUCAAUGCUUACUUUGUCUUCUUUCUCUGGAGGACGAUGUUUACCUGCCAACAGAUCUCCCUAAACCCCCAAAACUCCAGAAAAAACUGUCAAGGCAAACCGAUUCUGUCGUCUGUGUAGAUGGUCAAACGUGUUUCCAUCUGUUGAUCUACCACAUAUAACCCAACCUCCUUCCCUCAAACACACACACACCAGCAUCACCAAUCUACUCUCUAAAGUCUUCCCAAACUGUGAUCACCAGUUUUUGUGCACUAUUUACAUUACAAAAUAAGGGUUUGUAUCUACAAGUUUACAUUUACUGUAUAUUUAAGGAACAUCUGAUGUUUUGUUUGCACAUGGGUAUGAUUUCAAAAGAAAAAAGAUGACAGCUGGUUAUUUAUUUUGACCUGACUUGUUUAGGUUUAUCAGUUUCAGUUUUUCUGCCUUUGUUUUGGGGGGUGAGGUUUAUUUCAGAAUGUAAAAUGUUUUGUUUUUUCAAGACAUAUCACAAAUCGAGGCACAAUAAAAAUCCUCCUCAAAAUUCUG